GAGCGCCGCUCCUCGUCCCGGGAAGUCCCCGCGCGGGUCGCUCCUCGUCGCCUAGGAGACACACUGCCUUCUCUUGGGUGUUGUGAACGUCCUUUGCGAAGUUGGCCUGACCCUAGAGUCUAGAGGGCUCUAGUCGCCGAGGAAUGGCCUGAGUGCGCCAAAUCUCCCUGGGAAUUGUUUUCCGUACAGCAACAUGGCGGCGUCCAUGUGUGGGACAAGACAUUUCUUUGGCCAGGUUGUUUUUCAUGACCGUGUUUAAAAGGAUGCUGUUUUCGUGGUGAGAGUCUGGGAAGGCGAUGUGCGCUUUUGAAUUCAAUGACUUGCUUUCCUAGAGAACGAGGACCUACUGGGUUGACACAAGGACCAACGCAGUGAAGCUGGAGGAUCACGAGGAGAGCGGGAAGGUUUGUAUUAUCAAGUCUGUGUACAUGAAGUGCAAGUUUAUUGAAAUACAGUGCGUUUAAGAACUUGAUCUUUGGGCCAGGGAUAUAGCUCAGCGGCACAGAGCCUGCCUGGCAAGCACGAGGUCUUGAGUUUGAUUCCUGUACCAAAAAACAAAAAACAAAACUUGAUCUUCAAAGAUGAGUUUGAUUUCAGAUUUCUAAUUCUCAGGCUUGAUUUUAUGAGCAAGAAUGUCUGUGAUCCAGCAGUUGUCGCCUGGUUGGUUACUGGAUCAUCUUUCUUUCAUUAACAAGAUAAACUAUCAAGUUCAUCAACGUCACGAGCCUCGACACAAUAAAAACAAGUCCCCUCCUGUGAGCUUCAAUUCUCUCCGGAUGGAGACUGCGCCUUCUUUUGGAUCCUCUGCUUCCUUUACUGCUUCUGACUCUGAGCCAAAGGAGGAUGGAGGGAACUGUAGGACGGUCACUCAGAAGUAUGCUUUUCGAUCUGAACUAUUUAAUGUUGCCAAACCUUAUAUAACUGCAGCUGCUCAUGAGGAAGGCCGGCAGAGUAAAGAAAAAGAAGAUGCAGUGAACAGUGUUAAGAAAGAAACCUCCACUCCUAUUGUUGGGAAGAAGCGUAAGAGAAGUGUUGCUUUCAAUCAAGGUGAAUUGGAUGCCAUGGAAUACCAUACAAAGAUCAGAAAGCUGAUUUUGGAUGGCUCCUCACAGUUAAUCCAAGAAGGCCUCAAAAGUGGUUUUCUUUAUCAAUUUUUUGAAAAACGGGACAAGAUUGGCAAACCUAUGACCUUGCCACUGGAUACCUGCAAUCUGUCAGGAUUAUGUGAAAUGGCAAAGCAUCUGCCUUGCCUGAAUGAAAUGGAACUUCAGACCCUGCAGCUGAGGGACGAGGACUCGCCUGUUGCAGAGCAGGAUUUCUUUUCACGAGUCAUUGAAAACAGCUCUAGCUCUUCAAAAAUGAUGACUUUCAUGGGCCAGAAAUACUUGCUGCCACCAAAAAGCAGUUUUCUUUUGUCUGAUAUUUCUUGUAUGCAACCACUUCUGAAUUGUGGGAAAACAUUUGAUGUAAUUGUGAUAGAUCCACCAUGGCAGAACAAAUCAGUUAAAAGAAGUAAUAGGUACAGUUACUUAUCACCGCUGCAAAUACAGCAGAUCCCCAUCCCUCAGCUGGCUGCUCCCAACUGUCUCGUCGUUACCUGGGUGACCAACAGGCAGAAGCACCUGCGCUUUGUAAAGGAAGAGCUUUACCCUUCGUGGUCCGUGCAGAUACUUGCUGAGUGGCACUGGGUGAAAAUUGCCAAUACGGGAGAGUUUGUGUUCCCUUUAGAUUCUCCACACAAAAAGCCUUAUGAAGGACUUAUACUGGGAAGAGUUCAAGAAAAAGCUGCUUUACCAGUAAGAGGUUCUGAAAGACUACAUCAAGCCAGGUGGGGAGUGUUUGGAAUUAUUUGCUCGAAAUCUACAGCCAGGUUGGACCAGCUGGGGCAAUGAAGUCCUCAAAUUUCAGCACGUGGAUUAUUUCAUUGCUUUGGAGUCUGGGUGCUGAUGUGAGCCGAAAGCGGUGCUUUCUGCUGUUCUCGGCGCUUCUCCCUGCUUCCUCCUUUUCCCUUUUCUGACCCAUAGCAUCUGGGUUUCUGGUACUGAUCAGAAACGAGCAGCCUUCGUGUCACUUAGAACAGACUUUAUUCUGUGGCACUGAUACCCCGUGACAUUGUGGACCACAGUGAGGGGGCGAGCAGUGGGAGCGAGGUCCAGUACAGCUGCUGCUGAGUUCUGAAAUCAUCCUGCAGACCACAGGUUGAAGUCCUGCCCGUGUUUUGUUUGGGCCAAACAAAUCAACCAAGAAAACGUUCCAUUGGAGUCCAGAUUUCUGCUUCUCUGAAUAUCAGAAGCUGCUGGUAUUCCAAGGUCCUGGCUCUUGCCUGCCAUCACAUGCCUGUGCAGCCAGUUCAUGGUGGCUGACUCUUGUCAGUCUCUGGGUUACCAUGGGGCUGCUGCUCACUCCAUGCUGUUGGUCAGCAGACCCCGAAGGACGUGCGCGUGGGCUCUGGUGUUAAGCAAGAUUGUGGAGCAGCUUUCCAGUGGCUGCCAAGUCAGCCUCCCGGAAGUGAGGCUGUGUGCCUGUUUCAGAGAAUUUUAAUUGUACUCAAGAUUACUUUUCAAGUACUUGCUGGUUUUGCUAGAACAAAAAUAAAAGAUAGUUCUUAGAAACACUGCUUAUAAUUGUGAAAAGGUAUGUAUUAUUUGCACAUUUUCUACAAAUAAUUAUUUUUCUACUGUAUUAAAUUUUUUUUUUCUUUUGUGAUGGUGGAGAUGAAAUCCAGAGCCUUGCUCAUGCCGUGGAUACUGUGGAGCUACACCCAGGCCCUACUAAGUGAAGUGCUUUGACUGAAAUGAUAUUUUGAAAAGCAUGCUGAUACAAAAUUGUAUCUGUAUACUCAGGAUAAUUAGGAUAGAUACACAGCUCCAUUCUCUUAAUUCAGUGAAUAGAGAGGUUUGU